AUUCAAGGACUCAACUCCUCUCUCUCUCUCUCCUCUUCUCCCUCUUCACACGCUUUGGGCUCUUCGCAAAAGAAGAUUCAAAGUGAUCCAUCUCUCUCUCUCUACCUCUCUCUCCAAAUCAACGAGUACCACAAGAAAAGGGAUUUUGCUUCAUUCUUGAAGCAAGAAACAUGAGUGAGUGGGAAGUUGUGGUUUUUUUUUUUCUUGGGACUGUGGUUGUGCUAUAAUUAGCCGUUGAGGUUAUGGAUUUCUAGGGUUUAAUUGUUGCCCUAGUAUUUGUUGACUAGUUUCAGUGAACUGAGCCAGAUUGGCAGUGGGGAGAUAGCCGGAUUCCGGCGAAAAUGGCGGUUUUGGAGUCAUAUUCUGGUGAAAAUACGGCUGAUCAUGGGAUUCCGGUGGGUUAGCUCCUCGUUUAUGUGUUUUCCGUCCUUUUUGAGAAUGCUUUUCUGCUAUUUUUGAAGUUGAACCUUUGAAGCUGAGAGUCAAUGGAAAUGUCUAUAUUCCUGUAGAAAUUGCAGCAUUAUCUAUCUAUCUUUCAGAUGAACUCGCAACUGCAAUAUUCUGGCCACUGCAUUAUCUCCCCAUUUAUUUCUUUUUACGGUUUUCUUUGCUGAUUAUAUGAACAAAUUUGGGCAAAAAAAAUGGGAUUAUUGCUCCAUUUUCCAUGCUUUUCCACUGCGGAUUCCCCAAACGAUGGUAUCUUAGUUUCCAGUUUAUUGUAUUAUACUAUUUUCCAUCAAAAUUGACAAAGGUAUGGGCCUUAAUUUUCAGGCAAAUGCAGUAACAGGAAUAUGAAAAGAUUUCGGCAAAUAAUUGCCAUCCUUUUGGCGAAUUUAAUCUUUGGUUUUCCAAUCUUCUCAUUUUUUACGGUGGAGUCUGCCUCUGAAAAAGAAAUUCUUUUACAGUUCAAAGCAAACAUUUCUAAUGAUCCAUUAAAAAGCUUAGAGUCAUGGAACCCAAUGGAUGAGACCCCAUGCCUGAAUUGGACAGGAAUCACCUGCAACUUUGCGGGGAAAGUGGAAAAGAUCAUUCUUUUGAAUACCCAACUCGCGGGAGUCUUGCCAGAAAAUUUUUCCGGCCUGGAAUCACUGAGAACCCUGAUACUUUCAGGCAACCAAUUUACAGGAACAGUGCCAUCUCAAUACGGGGAUAUAAGCUCUCUUUGGAAGCUCAAUUUGAGCCGAAAUGCUCUGUCAGGGCAGAUCCCUUCAAGCAUUGGGAACCUUGCAAGCUUGCGAAUGCUUGACCUUUCGAGAAACUCUAUUAAUGGAGUGAUCCCUUCUGAAAUUUUCCAAAAUUGCUUUAAAACCAGGUACAUUUCUCUCUCUAACAACGGACUUCAAGGCCAAAUUCCUUUGGCGAUUGGGAACUGUACUAGACUCAAAGGAUUUGAUUUUGCAUUCAACAAAUUGAGUGGAGAAUUGCCUUCUCAGAUCUGCUUGUCCUUAAACAUGGCUUAUAUUUCUCUGAGAAACAAUUCAUUAAUAGGAAGCCUUUUGGAUAAACUCUCUAAUUGCAAAAGCCUUGAAUUUCUUGAUCUUGGGGGUAAUAGUUUCUCUGGUUCAAUGCCAUGGGAGCUUCUUUCACUCUCGAAUUUGAGCUAUUUCGAUGCAUCACACAAUAAGUUGCAGGGCCAAAUACCAGAGAAUUGGAGUUGUGGUGGCUCGAUUGACUUGUUGGAUCUUUCAGGAAAUGGUUUAAGCGGUGAGAUUGGUAAUGGAGUUUUGGGUUGCAGAAGUAUUAGGGUUCUUGAUUUAGGGUUUAACAGGUUUAGUGGGACUAUUCCUAACGGCAUUAGUGAGUUGAAAAGGCUCUCAGUUCUACGAUUGAGUGGGAAUCUUCUUGAAGGAGUUAUACCAGUGGAGCUUGGGAGCAUUGAGUUUCUUCAAGUUUUGGAUUUGCAGGAUCUCAAUUUGGUUGGCACCAUACCUGUGGAUUUGGGCAAUUGUUGGUUUCUUCUCGAAUUAGACCUGUCCGGCAACAACAUAACCGGCACAAUCCCAGAUACACUCUACAACAUGAUCUACCUCAAAAUCCUUGACCUGCACACCAACGAUCUCCAAGGCACCAUCCCUCUCACUCUAGCCAACCUCACCAACCUCAAGUUCCUUGACUUAUCAAACAACUUCCUUAGUGGAGAAAUCCCUCGAGCCAUUGGGAACCUAACCCAGUUGACCCAUCUCAACCUCUCCUCUAACAAUCUCUCAGGCCCUAUUCCUCUCUCUUCAACCUUAUUACAAUUUGGACCUGGACCCUUUCUUCGAAACCCUAACUUGUGUGGGCCUCCACUUCCUACCCCAUGCCCUCAAACUGGCCAGGAGACAAUUCCACGCGCUAGAAAAACCAAGCUUCUCACUGUCACAGCCAUUGUGGCUAUUGUUGCAGCUGCUGCUAUUUUCACCGGAGUAUGCUUAAUAACCUUUAUGAAUAUAAAAGCCCGUCGUAGAAGGCGUGCGGCUGAGUUAAUGAUAGUUCAGAGCACUCCUCUCUCUACUGAAUCGAGCCCAAUUAUAGGGAAAUUGGUGCUUUUUAGCAAGAGCUUGCCUUCUAGGUAUGAAGAUUGGGAGGCUGGUACAAAGGCCUUGCUAGAUAAAGAUUGCUUGAUCGGAGGUGGAACAAUAGGAACUGUCUAUAAGGCUUCAUUUGACAAUGGUCGUGUAUCUAUCGCUGUCAAAAAGCUUGAAACAUUGGGGAGGAUCAAGGGCCAGGAUGAGUUUGAGCAGGAGAUCGGACGGCUAGGUGGGCUCAACCAUCCCAACCUCACACCCCUCCAAGGCUACUACUGGUCAUCAACAAUGCAGCUCUUGCUAUGGGAAUUCAUCCCAAAUGCUAGCCUUUAUGAUCACUUACACAAGAGAAGGGCACCAAAUUGGAUCAACAGGUUUAAGAUUGCUUUAGGAGCUGCAAAAGCACUGGCGUAUCUCCACCAUGAUUGCAAGCCUAAGGUUUUACAUCUAAAUGUAAAGUCCUCGAACAUUUUAGUCGACGAGGAGUUCAAUGCUAAGGUUUCGGAUUAUGGGUUGGGAAAGCUAAUGCCAAGGGACGUUCAUGGAGCCGCCGGCUACGUGGCACCUGAGCUGGGGAGCCAAGGCUCAAUAGGUGUGAGUGAAAAGUGUGAUGUUUAUGGAUUCGGGGUGGUUCUUUUAGAGGUGGUUAGUGGAAAGAGGUCAGUUGAAAGGGGCCCUGCAGGGGAGGUGGUUGUGUUGAGGGAGUGGGUGAGGAGUGUUUUGGAAGGCGGGGCGGGGGCAGGCGCUUGUGCGGAUGUUAGGAUGAGAGGAGCAAGGGAUGACGAGGUGGCGCAAGUGUUGAAGCUCGGUCUGGUGUGCACUUCAGAUUUGGCGGUGAGAAGACCGAGCAUGGCGGAGGUGGUGCAAGUGCUCGAAUCGAUAAGGUCAGGAAAUGAUGAUCAUGUGGGAUGAGGGUGAGGCUGUUGAUCAUUAACUUGGUGGCUUUUCCGCCUCACAAAUUGCACUUUCAUAAUUUCAUUCCUUGUUAUGUUUUAUGUUUAAUUUUAUUUUUUGGGGGAUUUAUUGUCAUUGAUGGAUGGGGGAAAUUCGUUGAUUCUGGGAAUGGAAUUCUUCAAUUCUUAUGCGAUA